AUGGUCUUUGAGCUGGGUGGUAUUGAAGACUUGUUCGUUGCUUGUCGGCGCGCCUGCUGGCGCCAUGACUGGGUGAGCACCUUACCUGACUUUGUCCCUCAGAAUCAUUCAUCUUCCAGCAGUGAGAACAUAAUGACACCACAAGAAAAGGUUGAUUACCUGGAGAGUAUCAAUGUGGAAGUUUCCGUGCAUUUUUCUCAGCUGUAUACUGUAAUCGAGUCUUUGCGUGGUGAUUUUCGCCUCAGUGAGGCAUUGAUGUUUAUGGACCCACCCUUGCCGAACUUCUUUCUUAAUCUGGUGGCUAAUUUGCGAGAAAAAAGUAUCAAAGGAUUCCCAGUAAAAAAACUCGUCCUGUUAACAUGGAAGUCUCUUCUUGCGUCAAUGGGUGGCAGUGAUGCACUCUCUAAAUGCAAAGAACGCGUACGGAUUCGCGAAGGCCUCGUACCCAAGUCAAGUCUUGCGGAAAAGAUGCCUGUCAUUCCUCAAGACAUACGUCAAUUUCAGUCUGAACUUAUGGCCAAGUACCCGACCUUGGUAGAUCACCAGCGGUCCGAAUUGAUAGGAGGAACUGUCCUGGCUAACGCCACUCUACCUCUUUCGACGAACCAUAACACUCAUGGGCCCACUGACGACGCGCUGCUUGUGAUGGACGAGGAACGCAUUGCAAUGGCAAAGUCAGCUGCAGCACCACCACCUCUAAAGCCUGGUCGGCAAAAAUUUCAAACAAAUCAAAGUCGCCCGUUUAUUCUGCCUUUAGCACCUGUCAAAAAUGGGCCUGAUGUGCCUGUCGGAAUCCAAGAAGCUUCUUCGCUUUACCGCGAUCGUCUAUUUAUCGGGACAGGUACAUGGCAAACAUGGUGUGUUCGUCAAGAGUUUUUAAAUGAAGCGCGAGGUGCACAAGACUCAAGCAUAUCUGAAGUACAAGAAAUGCUUCAGAACUUGUGUCUUCGUCAGCCAGGCCCUGUGCCAAUAAGUGCGGAAGAUGAUCAAAGGCUAGAAUGGAUCGAUGAGAUCUACCGCCGUUCUUUGCCUUCUUUACAAAGUGCAGUUAUCGUUCUUUUGAAGCUUGUGCUUGCUACUGCCACAACGGGUAGCACCAGUAGCGCAUACGUGCGAGCUGUUGCGGAGGGUACACCUUCAGAACAAGCUCCCUCCCCCACGCUUGAAGACGUUGAUAUUUGUCGCCAUCGUGAAAUUUUGAAUAAGGCUGUAAGUUCGUUUUUGCUAUUGUGUCUGCAUUGGUUUAAAGCGAGUCACAUUCUCAAAUUUGAAUACCUUGCUCAAGUGCUCUUAGACACGAAUGUGAUUUUAUUGAUCCUCAAGCUAUUCGGACUGCAAGUUGUGGACCAAGCAGUGCAUUCACGAUGCGAGGCUCAUCCAUUCGGUCUAUUCGAGUAUUGUCGUCUUGUUGGCCAUGACCAUUCGACAUCUACACCCCAGCAGAUUCUAGAGCAACUCUCUCUUCUGAUCGGAAAUGUUUGGAAUGAAUACCCCAACGAUCCUUUGCGUAUACAACACUCCGAUUCGCAAACAUCUUCACCGCCCUUUUCUUGGCGCAAUAUGGCCACGGCAUCCAACUUUACACGCAUUCUUUAUCAAGUUUGCAAAUCAAAAGUACAUCGAAUUCUAUUGCUUGUUCAAUACAAAAGUUCCGCUAUUCUAAAACGAACACUGAGUGUACCCCAUUCUGGACUUGAACUAUACGUUCUCAAGCUAUUGAAGUGUCAAAUUCCUUAUUGCGGACGAAAGUGGCGUCAGUCAAACAUGCGCAUCAUCACACAAAUUUAUUUGCGUUGUCGUCCACGACUGCGUGAGGAUUGGCCUGGUGGUAGCGACUUGGAGGCCGAAGUGGAAGCCUCACUUCCUGAAGAGCAAACUCUCCGAGCAUUAAUACAAUUUUUCAACAAGUCGCGCUACCGUUACCACAGUCACGUCGCCGGCACAGAAGCCUUACCCGCCAAUGCAAAGGAUGCGUAUGCUCAGGAAUGGAAUGAGGCAAGCCGUGAUAUUUUUGAGCGAGAGGCAUUUCCGCCACAUCCUCAUUCGGUUGGAGCAGGCACUCCUGGGCGAUACAUUUCUGGCGUGUCUGUAGAAGGUUACUUUGACGCGUACGAAGAUGUCAUGGAAGAAAUGUAUCCAAAUGAUACCCUUUCGAUUCUGCCCGGCAUAGAGCUUGAAAGUCCAUCAACUAACAAUACUGUUUCAUCCAACGGACAAAAUGUGUGGGAACAUAUGAGUCCACAUGAAAUGGACGUUCUUUCUCGCUCUCCAAACUCGGCCCGAAAAUCUUUGUCACCUCGCAACGUGUCCAGUCGUUCCCCAUCAGCUAAUUUUAGUGUUCGGCGUUUCUCAGCUUCCAGCUCGCCCGGUGUUAGACAAAGCCUUCGUCGUGUUCAUUCCAACCCAGGCAUUAUUCAUCCAACCUUGCAUUGGAACGCCGAGGAUUUGGUGGAGGAUGCGAUCUCUACGGAAGAGGAAACGAAUGAGACGCCGGCACCAAGUGUUGAGGAAAUGAUGAUUCCCGAUGUGCCCUUAUCUUCCCCACACCCUGGUGGUAUCGAUGAAGUUGAGCACAUCUUCGGAGCAUAG